AUGUUUAGAUUAAACAGGGAUAUUCUUUAUUUAAUAUUUUAUAAAGAAUUACAAAAUGAUAAAAAUACUCUUUAUUCAUGUUUUUUAGUUAAUAAAACUUGGUGUGAAAUAAUUAUUCCAAUUUUAUGGAAAAAUCCUUGGAAGGAUGGAAAUGAAAAAUUAUUAUAUAAUAUAAUUUUUUCAUAUUUAUCAAAUGAUUUAAAGAAUAAAUUAAAACAACAAGACAAAGAUUUUUUUUUAACAAAUUCUUAUAAGAAACCUUUUUUUGAUUAUAUUAGUUUUUGUAAACAUUUAAAUUUUAUUGAAAUUGAAAGAAUAAAUAAUAUUUAUAUGGAAAAACAUGGAAUAUUAAUUAAAAAUGAUAUAAUUAACGCUUUUAUUAAUGAAAGAACAAGCUUUACUCAUUUAUAUUUACCUCAACAAUUUGAUUAUCAAUUACACCUUAUCCCUGGCGCUGAACAAUGUUUUUCAACCCUUGAAUUCCUUUAUUGUAAAACUAACGUAGAUGAGCCCGUUUUUAUUGGUUUAACAGAAAUAUGUAAAUCUAUUAAAGGUUUGGAACUUUAUAUUGAAAAAUAUAAUAAUAAUUAUGGUAUUGUUGAUUUAAUCAAAUCUCAAAGAAAAUUAUGUAAUGUACAUUUUAAAACUGAGGAUCAAUACGCUAAUGAUUCAUUUUGUAAAAUUCUUGAAAAUUCUUUAAUGAAACAUUCUAAUACUAUACAAUAUUUUAAGAUGACUAAACCACUUAUUACAAAUAUCCUUUCAUCUUUUAUGAAUUUAAAAAUAUUAGAAUUGGUUGGUAAAUUUAAAUUUAGAAAUAUUAAAUGGAAUUGUUUAGAAUCUUUAUCUUUACCUUUUUUACAAAUUUUGAGGGCUAGUUCUGUUCCAAUUACUUCUUUAAUAAGUAUAAUCGAAAAUACUAGUGGUCAUCUUAUUGAAAUAAAUAUUUAUCGUACAAGUCAUAAUGAAAUUAAUAAUAAGAGAAUAAUUCAAGCUAUUUAUCAAAAUUGUCCAAAUCUUUUAUAUCUUAAAAUAUUAUUUAGAAAUACUAGUAGUAAUGAAUUAGAAAAUUUAUUAAUUAAAUGUAAACAUUUAAAUGGUUUGUUUUUAAUUAUUAGUGAUUUAUUAGUUUCAUUUAAUUGGGAUAAUUUAUUUAAUGUAUUAACUAGAUCUCCAAUUGGUUUAUUUAAAUUUAAAUUUAGUUAUUAUUAUAGAGAAAUUAAUUUAAAUUCUUUGGAAUUAUUUUUUGAUAAUUGGAAUGGUAGACAUCCUAUGUUAUUACAAAUGAUUUCAAGAAAAAUUACUUCAAAUUUAGGUUUUUAUUUAUUAUUAGAAAAAUAUAAGACAAAAGGUAUAAUUCAAAAAUUUGAUUAUAAUACUUGGUUUGAGCAUUCUUUUAAAGAUUUUGAAUGGAUUUAA